AUGUUGAUUCGUCUCCUAAUUUCACUCGGUCUUGCCUUAGGGUUAACAAACGCGGCCAGUAAUGUAACGGUCCAAGUACUUGGAGCAAUCUCUGCCUGCCGGGACGCGGCAGCCGGCAUGGACGGAGUUUACCUACUGCAUCCAAUCCUGUCUUCGACCGCCCCCUUUCCGGCGUACUGCGAGAACAGCGUCCAAGGUGGCGGUUGGACCGUAAUUCAUCGUCGAUUCGACGAUAGUUUGUCCUUUAACCGAACCUGGGCCGAUUUCAAAAACGGUUUUGGCGAUUUGCAGGGUCAGCUUUGGUUGGGGCUGGAAAAGCUGCAUCAAAUCACGAGGUUUUUCGACCAUGAAUUGCUGGUGCUUACGACGUAUAAGGAUGGAUCUUCGCGGUCGGCACGGUUCAACGGGUUUGCCGUUGAAAGUGAACUGAACCUGUAUCAGCUUCGGAUUGGAGAUCUUGUUGCGGGAAACUUUUACAGUGAUUUUGCUAAGCACAAUGGAUGGACCUUUUCUGCGUUUGAUAAAGGCAAAGUGGGUAAAGGUUGUGCAGAAUUGCUCGGUGCAGGAUGGUGGUAUGGACACUUCUGCUACUAUCAGAAUUGGAACUUGGGGUUUGCAGCACCCUAUGCCAUGAAAGAAAAGGAAGCUCGAAUGCUAAUCAGACGGCUAUAA